UUCAGCAACACUCAGGGAGAGUUAGUGACGCAGCAGCCCCUGAACCAUGAGUGUCUCUGUACUGAGCCUCACAAGACCCCUGGACACUGUGUCUGGGCUCCUGCAGGUGGCCUCCCUGCUAGGCCUGGCUCUGCUGCUGCUCAAGGCAGCACAACUCUACCAGCGCAGGCAGUGGCUGCUCAAAGCUGUCCAGCAGUUCCCGUCUCCUCCUUCCCACUGGUUCUUUGGGCACAAGCAGGAGUUCCAAACGGGUCAGGAGCUGCAAGUGCUUCAGAAAUGGACAGAGAAAUACCCUUGUGCCAGUCCUCGUUGGCUAUGGGGAAGCAGAGUUAGCCUCGUAGUCUAUGACCCAGACUACAUGAAGAUGAUCCUGGGGCGAUCAGACCCAAAAGCUGGUGGUUCCUACACAUUCAUCACUCCAUGGAUAGGGUAUGGUUUGCUCAUGCUGAAUGGAGAGACAUGGUUCCAGCACCGGCGGAUGCUGACCCCAGCCUUCCACUAUGACAUCCUGAAGCCUUACGUGAGACUCAUGGCUGACUCUGUCCAAGUGAUGCUGGACAAGUGGGAGGAACUCCUCACCCAGGACUCACAUCUGGAGAUCUUUGAACAUGUCUCCUUGAUGACCUUGGACACUAUUAUGAAGUGUGCCUUCAGCUACCAGGGCAACCACCAGGCAGACAGGAACUCCCAGGCCUACAUUCAGGCCAUUCGAGAUCUGAACAACCUGGUGUUUGCCCGGGUGAGAAAUGUUUUCUACCAGAAAGACAUCUUCUACUGGCUGACCUCUGAAGGCCGCAGGAACCACAAGGCCCGCCAGAUUGCCCAUAAACACACAGACCGAGUGAUCAAGCUGAGGAAGGCUCAGCUACAGGACGAGGGAGAGCUGGAGAAGGUCAGGAACAAGAGGCACUUGGACUUCCUGGACAUCCUCCUCUUUGCCAAAAUGGAGAAUGGGAGGGGCUUGUCUGACAAGGACCUCCGUGCAGAAGUGGACACGUUCAUGUUUGAGGGGCAUGACACCACAGCCAGUGGCAUCUCCUGGAUCCUCUAUGCUCUGGCCACACACCCCGAGCAUCAGCAGAGGUGCCGGGAGGAGAUCCAGAGCCUUCUGGGGGAUGGUACCUCCAUCACCUGGGAGCACCUGGACCAGAUGCCCUACACCACCAUGUGCAUCAAAGAGGCAUUGCGACACUAUCCACCAGUUCCAGGUGUUGGCAGAGAGCUCAGCAAGCCCAUCACCUUCCCUGAUGGACGCUCCUUGCCCAAAGGAUUCUUAGUCUUGCUCUCCUUUUAUGCUCUUCACCACAACCCGAAUGUGUGGCCAAACCCAGAGGUGUUUGACCCUUCCCGCUUUGCACCAGAUGCCUCUCGACACAGCCAUGCUUUCCUGCCCUUCUCAGGAGGAUCAAGGAACUGCAUCGGGCAGCACUUUGCCAUGAACGAGUUGAAGGUGGCGGUGGCCCUGACCCUGCUCCGCUUUGAGCUGGCACCAGAUCCCUUCAAGAUCCCUGUUCCAACUCCAAGAAUUGUAUUGAUGUCCAAGAAUGGGAUCCACCUGCAUCUCAGGAAGCUCCUCUAACCCUUGUGGGGACAAAGAUGAGCCCCGAGGGCCUCCUGCCUCCCAUUCUGUCUUCCUGUCAGUCUCUCCUGUCUGCUGGCUUCUGCUCACUUCCUGCUUCCCCUCUGUCCACCUGCCAGCCUUCCUGCUCUCUUGCUCUUGCCCAUCAGACUGUCUGUGCUUCUCUGUCUCACCUUUUCCAAGAUUCCUUCGUGUUUGUCUGUUAUUAUUCUCCUAACGAGGUGUCACUCUGACUGCCGAUGCAAAUUGUGAUUUCUUGCCUGUCCUUCAGGCUGUCUGUUAUCUCCCUGUCAUAGUUCCUUGCCGCCUACUUGUCUGUUCCUAUAAAGUUUUCUCUUACUUCUUAACCAAGUUAUACAAUCGUAGUUCCUUUAAAGAGCACAAAUUGAUAAUCUUGUGUUUUAGGAGAUCAGAAAUCUGAAAUGAGUCUCACUGGGUAGCAAUGAAGGCAUGUAGAUGCUCUAAAGGAUAAUGUCUUCUCUUGCAUUUUCCACCUUCUCAGAAUUCACUCUUAAGGCUAUCAAUCAGGCUAAUCAGUAAGGCUAAGCGUCCUGAUUUAUCAUGGAAAUAGUCUUUUCUUCAAUUCAACUGAGUCAGAUGUUAACCAUAACUAUCAAAUUUUUAGUGUAACAUCUAGACUUUUGUUUAAUUAAACAAGGGUACUCCAGCCAAUCCAAGUGCACCCAUAAAGCAAGACAUGUCAGUCCACGUUUGGUGCACUUGGCAUUCACACAUUCCCUUACACCAUACUUCCUCCCUAACUAAGUAAAAUAAAGUCAUGCUUCUGCCAACUCAGCUCCCUAUGAUUGAAGCUGUGUAGUCCCUUCUCCCCAACAACAAAGGCCAAGUUUUUUGAGGGUUUCUCUCUUUUCCCCCAAACGCUGUAACCUAAAUGCUAUGACACAAACUUUACUAGUUUUACAUGUUACGUUUUACAUGUAACACUUUUUACAUGUGCAGGUUAUAAGACAAGGAAGGAAAAAUCUGACGCACAUAUGUACAUAAUCAUACUCAUAACAAAUAAGGGGAAAAUGCUAGAAACCAUUACACUCCCUAUUUCUAUAACCUGUGACAUAGCCAUCAUUAGCAUUUAAAACACCCUUAUUCCAUUACCCAUUUCAGAGUUUAUUUGCCCUCUAAAAGCACCUCAGCCAGUUUUGGGGGUUUUUCUUGCCUUGUACAAUGACCCAAAUCUUCACUCUUGAGGGUUCUGGGUCAUUACCAACCUUUCCUCAACUGGCCUGUGGCAUUUUCCCCUUUAAUGACAGGGCAUGGUAGGUCUAAGAGAUGCUGUAGUACUUUCUUCACUCCAAGUAACUCCUUUGUUUUUGUUGCCUUUGUUGCCUAGAAACUGCCACUUUCCCAGUUGGUAAUCAUGAUCAGUCUAGUACAGUCAUUCCUCCUGAUUCAGACCCAUGAGGAGCCCAAUGUGGCCAGCAAGUUUAUUCAUGUAGUCACUCUUGUGUCUCCUGGUGGAAGCACUCCUGCCUUUGGAAGUAAGACCAGUAGGACAAUGGAGCAUAAGGUUGCAGUAAAAAUUCCCCCAAAUUUUUGUAAUCAGAUUGAUAGAGGUAAUCAUGAGUGGUGCCAUUCCCAUUUCCAUCCCUGAAUCCUGGAUGGUUGAGCCCUGGUUAUGGACGAAAAGAACCAUAUAUUGUACAUUGAUUUAAAGCAGAUAGAGCCUACUGGAGAGCCUUCCUUCAACCCUGUAAGUUAUUGCCACCUCGCUGCUGCUGUAUACCCAAACCUACCCUGAGGUUAUUUCUCUGGAUCUGGAAUGCAUAACUGUAAUGGAUAUACCAUCCCCAACUGACUACAAAGACUCGGUAGCAUAGAGGGGUUCGAUGGCACCGGUUCCAUGGGGAUCUUCCCAUAUGUUCCUAUUUCAAUGGUCAGGCUCCCAUUUCUCAGUGUUCUCAUUGUAAAGGAUGACAGGCUGUAACUUAUGGAAUUCAUUUUCCUUUUAGUUCAUACACAGGCAGGAUGAUCCCUGGGUUUUGUUUAAUAAAUCUGAGCCCUACCUAAAGCCUGUGGCUAUAUGUCGGGAUGAUCUUCAAUGCAGACAUAGAAGCUUCAAUCAGUGAUUUCUUUCUUUGGUCAGAGAAUUGGGUUUUUUUUCAGAUUAUUUUUAUUUAUUCGUGAAAUACUCACAAAGAUAGAGGCAGAGACAUAGACAGGGGAGAACCAGGCUCCAUGCAGGGAGCCCGAUGGGUGACUGGAUCUUGGGACUCCAAGGUCACGCUCUGAGCUGAAGGCAGACGCUCAACCACUGAGCCACCCAUGUGACACUCAUUCUGAGAAUUUUAAUCCUCCACAUUACUCUUUCCUUUUCCCACUCUCCCCAGUACAACAUGGAUAUCCAGUCACUCUUCUUAUGCUCCUUAGUUUAACUAAAAUGUUUUAAGGCGUCAAAUACAUACUGACCAGAACCUUCCCUUUAACAAGUCUGUGAUUAGCAUUAUCACUGAUGAUGUCCUGUGUACUGCAACAUCAGACCCAGGGCUACCAGUGUCCUCUUUACCUUUGGCAGUUAGAGUCAUCAGUGUCUUUCCAACUAAUCCUCUUGAAGCACCAAUUCAAGAAACCCAGAGUCAAUUCAGGGAACUCAUUAUCAUUCCGCCUCUCUUAGAACCAUUAUUGGUAUCAUAAUUUAUCUUAGUCAACGAUCAACCAGAAAAAGAAAACAAUUAGAAAAGAAGCUUCCCCGGGGUCAGAAAAAAAAAAAAGAACAAUGGGACAAACCCAGAAAUACAAUGUAUCUGAGCUCCAAUUUGUGACCACCCAAUAGCUUUCUUUUUUUUUUUUAAUUUUUUAUUUAUUUAUUUAUGAUAGUCACACAGAGAGAGAGAGAGGCAGAGACAUAGGCAGAGGGAGAAGCAGGCUCCAUGCACCGGGAGCCCGACGUGGGACUCCAUCCCGGGUCUCCAGGAUCGCGCUCUGGGCCAAAGGCAGGCGCCAAACCGCUGCGCCACCCAGAGAUCCCCACCCAAUAGCUUUCUUAUGUUCUCCCUGUGUUCUCACUGAGCAGCUUAAGUAAAAAAGGGGACAAGGGGACCAGGCAGUGCAGUUGAUGGGAUGCCUGACUGAGGUCACAGCAGGGAAGGAAAGGGCAGGGAAGGGUCAUGUUCAGGCAGCACCAAUGGUCUGGGAAGUGUCGGGCAAGGUAAGUCGGUGCCCACUCAGCAAUCCACGGGAGGAAGAAAUUAAACACACUUGGUGUCAUGGGAUUUGUAGAGGAAAGAUGAUAAGGUCAUGCACAGACUGAGAGGUUCCCAGAAGAGGCUGGCAGAUAGAUAGGACAUGCACGGACCUCAGCUCCCCAAGCUCGAGUUGUAGGCCCCAGGACUCCUUCCCACAUGGUGCCUGAGCUCUUUGCUCUCAGGAAGCCCUAUACUCUCCUGGGAAUGCUGUCACCCCCAGCUGUACCAAACUUUAGAGAAGUCACGCUCACAGAUGUUCAGGAAGUCGAGGAACAGUCCAAACCAGAGUGGGUGGCAUAAUGGAACUGGUGACCCUGGACCCAACUUUGUCCAGGCUCCCUGUCUACUGCCUCAGAAAUGUGAGUGAAUGCCAGGCCCCUCCGGAGCCCACUGUGCCAGCCAGGCUCUAAGUCCCUGGGCCCGGGAGAGAAGGGGCUACCCAGGUAGAUCCUCGCAAAGUCCUCCUGUCCUCUUCCAGCCCCUCGUAGACAGUCAUGGUCUUAGUCUCCUGUCCAGUCCCAGAGCUACCACUCUAAGCCCAAGCAACCCUCUUCCUGCACCUACGUGAGUUCGAUAACCUGCUUCCACAGGUUCCUGUCAUCAACCCUCAAUCUAUCCUGCCCUCACAGAGAGAUGUCUUUCUAUGCUGUAAAGCUGUUUUCCUGAGAGAGAGAGAGAGAGAGAGAGAGAGAGAGAGAACAUCAGCUUGUCAUGCUAUGUAGAAAUCUACUCAGUUGGGCCCCUGUUAUGUAUUGGACUGUUUUUGAGGACCUACUAUGUGCAGGACAUUGUCUAGAUGUCUCAGGUCAUGAGACAGACCUGAUCCUACCCUUUAUUCUAUGGGGCAGACCAACACAACUAAACAAUUAAGAAACAUGAACGCGAGCGUGUUGUGGCCCGUUAAUGGUACCAAGAAGCAUCCAGGAAUAAAAAUACCUAUUUCCCUUUAAAAUGAGGCAACUCAAACUGAACCUAGUCUCUCUGAGAUGGUGGUCAAUGGGUCCAAUGUGAUCCUGUUUUUCUCCUCCAUUUGUUUGUCAAUCAGUAAGACUGCACCGAGUGCCACAAAUCGGCACAGCCCUAUGUCACAUGCUUUAGAAGCAUAAGGGUACAGGUUGCCCUGUUAGAACCUUCAACAGCUCUUUGGUUGGGCUGUCUGGAUCCCAGAUGAAUGGGAAAGAUGUUACUAGUUAAUCAAUGUUGACCAUGCCAGUUGGAGAGGAUGUGGAGAAAGGGGAACCCUCUUGCACUGUUGGUGGGAAUGGUACAGCCACUCGUGCAGUCUCUCUGGAAAAUUGUGUGGAGGUUCCUCAAAAAGUUGAAAAUAGUUCUGCCCUACAACCCACAAUUGCACUGCUGGGGAUUUACCCCAAAGAUACAGACGCAAUGAAACGAUGAACAGUUUCACCCCGAUGUUUAUAGCAGCCGUGUCCACUAUAGCCAAACUGUGGAAGGAACCUAGGUGUCCAUCGAAGGAUGAAUAGAUCAAGAAGAUGUGUUCUAUGUAUACAAAGGAAUAUUAGCCAUUAGAAAUGACAAAUACCCACCAUUUGCUUCGACGUGGAUGAUACUGGAGGGUAUUAUGUUGAGUGAAAUAAGUCAAUCUGAGAACAACAAACAUUAUAUGGUCUCAUUCAUUUGGGGAAUAUAAAAAUUAAUGAAAGAGAAUAAAGGAAAAGGAGAGGAAAGAGUGAAUAUAUCAGUGAGGUUGGCAAAAUAUGAGAGACACCUAACUCUGG